AUGGCAAUAGUCAGCAAACCAACCCCCUCCCCCUCAACCUUCUCCAUCGCCAUCAUCGGCGGUGGCAUCGGCGGCCUCUCCAUGGCCCUCUCCCUGUCGACCCAGAUCCCCUCGCUCGGCAAGAACAUCACCGUCUACGAGCAGGCCCCCGCGUACAAGGAGAUCGGCGCCGGCAUCGGCAUCGGCGUCAACGCGAGCCGCAUCCUCAAGCGCUACGGCGUCUACGCCGCCGCCAACGCCAUCUCGGGCGACCGCAACGGCAUCCACAGGAGCCUCCGCCGGUGGGACAAUGGCGAGGAGAUUGUCUCCGUCGGCGCCAUGGACGAUGACUCGAGCGACGGCGUGCGCCAGCUGAGCGUCCAUCGGGCAGAGUUCUUGCAGGUCUUGUACGACCACCUGCGGGCCACGUCCGAGGCCCGCCUCGAGACCAACAAGCGCGCCGUCGAGAUCGUCGACGACGACCCCAAGCUGGGCAAGACGACGGUGCGCUUCGCCGACGGCUCCAGCGCCUCGGCCGACCUCGUCAUCGCCUGCGACGGCAUCCACUCCAACGUCCGCCGCCAGCUCUCCAAGGGCGCAAACGACCUGCACCCGCGCUACUCGGGCCGCGUCUGCUACCGCGGCCUGCUGCCCAUGGCCGCCGUCGAGCGCGACUGGCCCUACGACUCCUUCGCCGUCUCCUGGCUCGGCCCCGACCGCCACUUCCUCGUGUUCCCCAUCUCCCGCAACAAGACGCUCAACGUCGUCGCCUUCGUCACCAAGCCCGAGGAGGAGCUCGGCGACCUGCGCGAGAGCUGGUCCAGCACCGCGCCCCGCGCAGAGGUCGAGGCCGAGUUCGCCGGCUGGGAGGAGACGGUGCAGCGCAUCGUCCGCGCCAUGGAGCCCAACCCGGGCAAGUGGAAGCUCAACGACCGCGAGCUGCUGGACCAGUGGGUGUAUCUCGGCGGGAGAGUCGUCCUGAGCGGCGAUGCUGCCCACGCCAUGCUUCCUCACCAGGGCUCCGGCGCCGGCCACGCCAUCGAAGACUCCUUCGUCAUGGGCCAAGCCGUCAAGGCCUUCUUCGAGAACCCCGCCCCGGGCCUCGAGACGUACAUGAAGCUCUACCAGGAGACGCGCCUGCCGCGCGCCCAAAAGGCCCAGCUGACCUCCCGCCAGGCCGGCGACGUCUACGAGAUGCAGGGGCCCGAGUUCGCCGGCCUCGUCUUUGAGCAGCGCCUGCAGGUCAUCCACGACAAGUUCAAGGACCGCAUGAAGUGGGUGUGGGGCCAUGACCUUGAGGCCGACUUUAACGCAACGAGGACGCGACUGGGGAUUUGA